AUGGUCAAAGUGUCCUUCAACUCAGCCCUGGGGCAGAAAGAGCCGAAGAAAGACGAGAACAGCGAAGCGCUCAUCAUCACCGACAAGGAUCCAGAGGAUGUAAUUGUUCCACUUAGACGUCAAUCAAGAGUCUGGUGCUGGUGCAUGUGCCUUGGACUUGCACUCAUGCUGUCUGGUGUGGUGGUUGGUGGUGCAUAUCUCUACAGAUACUUCAUUCUGCAGGAAGGUGACGUUUUCUUCUGUGGCCUCACAUACCGUGAUACUGAAGACUACAGGUUCCUUGUUCCGGAGAUUGAUAGUGUUACUCAAGCCCCUCAGUACCACACAAUAAAUGCGAACUUUCAGAUUCUGCGAAAUGAAGAAGUUGAGCUCAUCAAUGUUCCUGUACCAGAGUUUGGUGACAGUGAUCCAGCUAAUAUUGUUCAUGAUUUCCAAAGGCUUCUGACAGCUUACCUUGAUCUCAGUUUGAACAAAUGUUAUGUCAUUCCAUUAAAUACAUCUAUUGUCAUGCCACCACGCAACCUAUUUGAAAUACUGAUCAACAUCAAGACUGGCACCUACUUGCCCCAGUCUUACUUGGUCCGUGAAGAGCUGGUGGUUACUGACCGUAUUAAGGAUGUGAAUCAACUCGGUUUCUUCAUCUCUCGUCUUUGCCGUAGUAAGGAGACCUUCAGGCUUCAGCGCAGAAACAUCAGUAAUGGAAUCCAAAAGAGAUCAGUGAAGAAAUGCAACAAAAUCAUCCAUUUUGCAAACAACUUUGCUGUUGAAACGCUUAUCUGCGAAUAAUGAACUACGUGUUGUGCUCACAAAUGUACCUUUUUUGCUUUUUCUGGUGUGCAAUGCAGUUAUCAUUUUUGUAAGUGUUGUAAAAGGGGUUCAUUUUGUACAACUAAUUUUUUCUUCUCAGUUUAACAAUGCAAAACGCAAGCAGGAACUUAGAGUGAUUAGUUUAUGAUUAAAUGCAACAAUAGAAGAUUUUUAGUGGGCUGUAUAAUGGACUGGAAUUUAAUUAACUUUUUUCUCCCCUUUCGUGGGGUGAAACCUGGGUUUUUCCUGUUUUUUGUCCAAUGUAUUUGCUGUAUUAAUUUGUCUACUGAUGUGGGAGGGAGGGGGGAGAAAGGGGGGGG